CGCGAGGCGCGCCCUGGAAGCGCCGGCUCUCGCCCUCCCGCGAGCUGGAUGUGGGCAGCGGCGGCCACAGAGACCUCGGGACCCACGCGCAAUGUGGCAAUGGAAGGGGCAGGGUCUGAGUCCCCGGCAGCGGCCACGGCCGCAGCACCCGCAGCGCCCGCCGUGUGAGCGGCAGCAGCGGGUCUGUCACCCGGAGCCGGAGUCCCCGGCGGCCAGCAGCGUCCUCGCCAGCCGAGCGCCCAGGCGCGCCCGGAGCCCGCGGCGGCGGCAACAUGGCCUCGGCUGGUAACGCCGCCGGGGCCCUGGGCAGGCAGGCUGGCGGCGGCGGGAGGCGCAGACGGACCGGGGGACCUCACCGCGCCGUUCCGGACCGGGACUAUCUGCACCGGCCCAGCUACUGCGACGCCGCCUUCGCUCUGGAGCAGAUUUCCAAGGGGAAGGCUACUGGCCGGAAAGCGCCGCUGUGGCUGAGAGCGAAGUUUCAGAGACUCUUAUUUAAACUGGGUUGUUACAUUCAAAAGAACUGCGGCAAGUUUUUGGUUGUGGGUCUCCUCAUAUUUGGGGCCUUCGCUGUAGGAUUAAAGGCAGCUAAUCUCGAGACCAACGUGGAGGAGCUGUGGGUGGAAGUUGGUGGACGAGUGAGUCGAGAAUUAAAUUAUACCCGGCAGAAGAUAGGAGAAGAGGCCAUGUUUAAUCCUCAACUCAUGAUACAGACUCCAAAAGAAGAAGGCGCUAACGUCCUGACCACGGAGGCUCUCCUACAGCACCUGGACUCGGCUCUGCAGGCCAGCCGUGUGCAUGUCUACAUGUAUAACAGGCAGUGGAAGUUGGAACAUUUGUGCUACAAAUCAGGGGAACUUAUCACGGAGACAGGUUACAUGGAUCAGAUAAUAGAAUACCUUUAUCCUUGCUUGAUCAUCACACCUCUGGACUGCUUCUGGGAAGGGGCGAAGUUGCAGUCAGGGACGGCGUACCUCCUAGGUAAGCCCCCUUUGCGGUGGACAAACUUUGACCCCUUGGAAUUCCUAGAAGAGUUAAAGAAAAUAAACUACCAAGUGGACAGCUGGGAGGAAAUGCUGAAUAAAGCCGAAGUUGGCCAUGGGUACAUGGACCGGCCCUGCCUCAACCCGGCUGACCCAGAUUGCCCCGCCACAGCCCCCAACAAAAAUUCAACCAAACCUCUUGAUGUGGCCCUUGUUUUGAAUGGUGGAUGUCAAGGUUUAUCCAGGAAGUAUAUGCAUUGGCAGGAGGAGUUGAUUGUGGGUGGCACAGUCAAGAACGCCACUGGAAAGCUGGUCAGCGCUCACGCCCUGCAGACCAUGUUCCAGUUAAUGACCCCCAAGCAAAUGUAUGAGCACUUCAGAGGCUAUGAGUAUGUCUCUCAUAUCAACUGGAACGAGGAUAGGGCGGCAGCCAUCCUGGAGGCAUGGCAGAGGACUUACGUGGAGGUGGUUCAUCAAAGCGUUGCCCCAAACUCCACGCAGAAGGUGCUUUCCUUCACCACCACUACGCUGGACGACAUCCUAAAAUCCUUCUCUGACGUCAGUGUCAUCCGCGUGGCCAGUGGCUACCUACUGAUGCUUGCCUAUGCCUGUUUAACCAUGCUGCGCUGGGACUGCUCCAAGUCCCAGGGUGCCGUGGGGCUGGCUGGCGUCCUGUUGGUUGCACUGUCAGUGGCUGCAGGAUUGGGCCUCUGUUCCUUGAUCGGGAUUUCCUUUAACGCUGCAACAACUCAGGUUUUGCCAUUUCUUGCUCUUGGUGUCGGUGUGGACGACGUCUUCCUCUUGGCACACGCCUUCAGUGAAACAGGACAAAAUAAAAGGAUCCCAUUUGAGGACAGGACCGGGGAGUGCCUGAAGCGCACAGGAGCCAGCGUGGCCCUCACCUCCAUCAGCAACGUCACCGCCUUCUUCAUGGCUGCCUUAAUCCCUAUUCCUGCACUGCGCGCAUUCUCCCUCCAGGCUGCCGUGGUGGUGGUGUUCAAUUUCGCCAUGGUGCUGCUCAUUUUCCCAGCAAUUCUCAGCAUGGAUUUAUAUAGACGAGAGGACAGGAGAUUGGAUAUUUUCUGCUGUUUUACCAGCCCCUGUGUAAGCAGGGUGAUUCAGGUUGAACCACAGGCCUACACCGAGCCUCACAGCAACACCCGUUACAGCCCACCACCGCCCUACAGCAGCCAUAGCUUUGCUCACGAGACCCACAUCACCAUGCAGUCCACUGUCCAGCUCCGCACAGAGUACGACCCUCACACCCACGUGUACUACACUACCGCCGAGCCCCGAUCCGAGAUCUCCGUGCAGCCUGUCACCGUCACCCAGGACACCCUCAGCUGUCAGAGCCCAGAGAGCACCAGCUCCACCCGGGACCUGCUUUCCCAGUUCUCAGACUCCAGCCUUCACUGCCUCGAGCCCCCCUGCACCAAGUGGACACUGUCUUCGUUUGCUGAGAAGCACUACGCUCCUUUCCUCUUGAAACCCAAAGCCAAGGUGGUGGUGAUCCUCCUCUUCCUGGGCUUGCUGGGGGUCAGCCUUUAUGGGACCACCCGAGUGAGAGACGGGCUGGACCUCACGGACAUUGUCCCUCGGGAAACCAGAGAAUAUGACUUUAUAGCUGCGCAGUUCAAAUACUUUUCUUUCUACAACAUGUACAUAGUCACCCAGAAAGCAGACUACCCCAACAUCCAGCACCUACUUUACGACCUUCAUAAGAGUUUCAGCAAUGUGAAGUAUGUCAUGCUGGAGGAGAACAAGCAACUUCCCCAAAUGUGGCUGCACUACUUCAGAGACUGGCUCCAAGGACUUCAGGAUGCCUUUGACAGUGACUGGGAAACUGGGAGGAUCAUGCCAAACAAUUACAAAAAUGGGUCGGACGAUGGGGUCCUCGCCUACAAGCUCCUGGUGCAGACUGGCAGCCGAGACAAGCCCAUCGACAUCAGUCAGCUGACUAAACAGCGUCUGGUGGAUGCAGACGGCAUCAUUAAUCCCAGCGCUUUCUACAUCUACCUGACGGCCUGGGUCAGCAACGACCCCGUGGCUUACGCCGCCUCCCAGGCCAACAUCCGGCCUCACCGACCAGAGUGGGUCCACGACAAAGCCGACUACAUGCCGGAGACCAGGCUGAGGAUCCCAGCCGCGGAACCUAUCGAGUACGUUCAGUUCCCUUUCUACCUCAAUGGCCUACGAGACACCUCAGACUUCGUGGAAGCCAUCGAAAAAGUGAGGAUCAUCUGUAAGAACUACACGAGCUUGGGGCUGUCCAGCUACCCCAACGGCUACCCCUUCCUGUUCUGGGAGCAGUACAUUAGCCUGCGCCACUGGCUGCUGCUGGCCAUCAGCGUGGUGCUGGCCUGCACGUUCCUAGUGUGCGCGGUCUUCCUGCUGAACCCCUGGACGGCUGGGAUCAUUGUCAUGGUCCUGGCUUUGAUGACAGUUGAGCUCUUCGGCAUGAUGGGCCUCAUUGGAAUCAAGCUGAGCGCUGUGCCUGUGGUCAUCCUGAUUGCGUCUGUCGGCAUCGGAGUGGAGUUCACCGUCCACGUGGCUUUGGCCUUUCUGACAGCCAUUGGUGACAAGAACCACAGGGCUAUGCUUGCCCUGGAGCACAUGUUCGCUCCUGUUCUGGACGGUGCUGUGUCCACUCUGCUGGGCGUAUUGAUGCUUGCAGGGUCCGAAUUUGAUUUCAUUGUCAGAUACUUCUUUGCUGUCCUGGCGAUCCUCACCGUCUUGGGGGUUCUCAAUGGACUGGUUUUGCUGCCUGUCCUCCUGUCCUUCUUUGGACCCUGUCCUGAGGUGUCUCCAGCCAAUGGCCUGAACCGGCUGCCCACUCCUUCGCCUGAGCCACCCCCGAGUGUUGUGCGGUUUGCAGUGCCUCCCGGUCACAUGAACAAUGGGUCUGAUUCUUCUGACUCGGAGUACAGCUCGCAGACCACUGUGUCUGGCAUCAGCGAGGAGCUCAGGCACUAUGAGGCACAGCAGGGUUCCGGAGGUCCUGCCCACCAAGUGAUUGUGGAAGCCACAGAGAACCCCGUCUUUGCCCGGUCCACUGUGGUCCAUCCUGAACCGAGACAUCACCCUCCCUUGGACCCUCGACAGCAGCCGCACCUGGACUCUGGCUCCUUGUCCCCCGGACGACAAGGCCAGCAGCCUCAAAGGGACCCCCCUAGAGAAGGCUUGCGGCCACCCCCGUACAGACCGCGCAGAGACGCUUUUGAGUUUUCUACUGAAGGGCGUUCUGGCCCUAGCAAUAGGGACCGCUCAGGCCCCCGUGGGACCCGUUCUCACAACCCUCGGAACCCGACGUCCGCUGCCAUGGGCAGCUCUGUGCCCAGCUAUGGCCAGCCCAUCACCACUGUGACGGCUUCCGCGUCUGUCACUGUCACUGUGCAUCCGCCACCAGGGCCCGGACGCCACCCCCGAGGGGGACCCUGUCCGGGCUAUGAGAGCUACCCUGAGACUGACCACGGGGUGUUCGAGGACCCCCAUGUGCCUUUUCAUGUCAGGUGCGAGAGGAGGGACUCGAAGGUGGAGGUCAUAGAGCUGCAGGACGUGGAGUGUGAGGAGAGGCCGUGGGGAAGCAGCUCCGACUGAGGCGUGUGCCCCAGGGGUGCUCUCCAGGGUUUCCUGAGCACUAGCACACCCCAGACUGGACCCUGGGGGACCUUUCCUCCCCAAGGCAAGGCUGGUGCGGCCAAACCAAUACAGUUCCAAGCUGGAUCUCUUCUCACUAGUAAUCUCUUGAAAGCAGUUUAGCGGCGUUGCCUUGCGCCUGUUUGCCGCCGCCGGCAGCAGUUCUAAGGAGCACGCAGAUGACCCUGCAAGGUGAAGACAGGUGAAAUGAAUUUAGCUCCACAGUCAGCCCACUGUAGAGUUCCUGUGCUCUCAGUGUCCACCCGGAGUUAGGGGCUGUGCGGUGUGAGAGGCGCACAGCUCUGUGGUCGUGACCGUGAUGUGACUUCCUUUUUUGUUUUCUUUUAAAGGGUAAUUAAAAUCUGAAGCAAAGAGGCCAAAGAUUGGAAAAAAAAACAAAACAAAACAAAACAAACCCCGCCCCCACCUCUUUCCAGUACUGACUGCUUGAAGAGAACUGCUUGGAAUUAUGGGAAAGCAGUUCAUUGUUACUGUAAUUGAUUGUAUUAUUUUGUGAAAUAUUUCUAUAAAUAUUUAAGAGGUGUACACAUGUAAUAUACAUGGAAAUGCUGUAAAGUCUAUGGCCUGGGGCCUCUCUACUCCUGCCCCGGAGUGGAGAGACCACAGGGGUCCCUCCCCCUGUGUACAUUGGUCUCUGUGCCGCAACCAAGCUUAACUUAGUUUUUAAAAUCUCCCAGCAUAUGUCGCUGCUGCUUAAAUAUUGUAUAAUUUACUUGUAUAAUUCUAUGCAAAUAUUGCUUAUGUAAUAGGAUUAUUUGUAAAGGUUUCUGUUUAAAAUAUUUUAAAAUUUGCAUAUCACAACCCUGUGGUAGGAUGAAAUGUUACUGUUAACUUUUGAACACGCUAUGCGUGAUAAUUGUUUAACGAGCAGACAUGAAGAAAACAGGUUAAUCCCAGUGGCUUCUCUAGGGAUCGUUUAUGCAGUUCUCAAGGGUGUGUUUCCGUGUGUGUGUGAAUGUGUGAUCUCUCAGUGUACUGUACUGUGAUUUGUUUUGUUUUGUUGCUCUUCUUGUUUCUCUUUGUUUCCUAUGACCUUAGCGCUGGCCUAGUCAAGCUGGGAAAGUCCAGGUCCCUUUCUGUCUCGGUGCUGGUGGAAAGGUGCACCUGUCAUCUUUGAUGCUUUUGGCAGCUCCUGAGGUCAUGGGUAGUCCUCCAGGGACCUCCCCUUGUGCUUCAAAGAGAAUACAUUCUCAUAGGUCCUAACGUGGGGUGUUUGGACCUCUGUGUAUGGAACCAGCCGCCUUCAUUGGCAGUGAAUCUCAGCUGGGUCUCAAGCUGACACCCAAGAAAAGUGUGAUAUUUGUUGUACCUUUCUGAUGACCAAUGCCUACAUACAGCCUCCCACCUUCAUAACCCAGAUAGAGGCAGAAAAAUCUACAUCAUUCAAGGUCUACAUUCAGACCUUUAGAAAUCUGAAUCCCCCUCGCUAAAUGGGCUGCCUGGUUGGGGUGUGCUGAUGGUGGUACAGUCAGCUAUUGUAAGACGUGAACUUCUGAAGACUCCACGUGUCCUCGUCCUCCUGUGCACACUCCCUUUCCUUCUCCAAUGUUAGAACACCUGUGUGGUGUUCGUGGACAAGCAGGAAGAUGCUGUCCCAUAACACUCUUUGAAGCAGAUGUUAAAUCUUGAAGUUUGAUCCAGGUCUCUUUUCCUGAGGUUUAGGCUUCUUUGCCUCUGGCCAGAGACUAGUAGACGGUAGUGCAGUACCCUCCCUUGUGAGUGAGCACCGAAGGCUUGUGUCAGAGGAAGGAAGCUUGUGUCCUGUGGAAGCUACUGUGAGGAGUGUGCUCUGCAUGCAGUUUCCUUCUAUCCCUCCUCUCCUGCGUGCACGUUUGUAAGGCACUGAGCCCCUAGUAGUACCAGCACUCUAGUAACCUCAGACCGUAACGCUCAUCCCCAAAUUGUAAGGUACUAAUUGGAAGCCACCUGUGGCUACCGUGCGUGUGUGUGUGUGUGUGUGUGUGUGUGUGUGUGUGUGUGUGCGCGCGCGCGCGUGUGUAUGCCAGAGGCCCUGGCCACCCACUGCUACUGUCUUAAUGCCUGUCAAGCCACUGUCUGCCUACCCAAAACCAGCUCUGCUCAGAUAACUUGCACCCUGAGUUGAGAAGGGAGAUGUAAAAUUCUGAAGCCGCUUCCCUGCAAUUCUUGGUUGUGUCCGUCACUCCUGAGCCUCGCUCGCGGCAUAAGGAAGUUUGUACAGCCCUUGGGUUUCUGUGUGUCGUGAAUUGCAUCAGCCAAGGCAGGAAGGACGCAGAGCUGACAAGAGACUACAGUCUCGGAGUGUGUGUGUGUUCUCUGUCUGUCUGUCUCCUCAUAGUUUUAUUUUGUCUGUAUUGUUUGUUCAUUUGGAUGUUUUAAUUUUUAAGAGAAAAGAUCUUUGCUGAUAUUUAUAAUUUUGUAUCAUAAGAAUGUCCUCCAGAGUCUGUCAUGCCAGUUUAUAGCAACAAAAAAAAAAAAAUUGCAGGGAUUUUAUUUCUAUUGGAAACACUAUUGCGGUUAUGUUUUACUUUUGAACAGAAGUUUUUAUUUGUAUAGAGUGCUUACUAAUGUUAAAUAGUUCAGAGUAUAUAACAUCUACAUUAAGGACUCAUGGUAGGUUUUAGUGUCAGGAGUUUAAAGGAAAUAAAUAUUCAAACUGGGUCUCGUUGUCUGCCAAAUUGGGUGGGAAUGAGUUUGUGUCAUUUCAAUUACAAAGAUGAAAGUAUGCCAUAUAAUUUAUUUAUAUGAAAAUUUAUUUUUGUAGUGUACAUAGUAGUCAUCAAGUCUUUUGACAGAAGUAUAUUUUUAAAGAAUUUAUAUGUGAUGAAAUCCGUAAUGUCUGGAACUUUGCUGAGACACAAGAAUGAGGACACCUUCCGUUGUAAAUGGCUGCACGGAAGAGGACACAUUUAACAGUGUUAAGAGAGAGUGCAAGUGAGCAGCUAGCCGUGGGAUUGGGAAGUGUUGGCGUGAGCUUUGUGACCUGGUAUGGUUCUCAGAUGAAAAUGUACAAAACUCUCUAAAUAUUAAUGUUCAAACACUGAUAGAAAUUCUAACAUGAAUAAAGAUAAUAUAACUCGUUGGUUUA